AUGGAGAGCGGCAUGAUCGGCAAUAUCUGGUCACCCACAGCCGUCGGAUCUCCCAAUGUUCUCUCCCCAUCCGCGGCUCUCGUGACGCAGCCGAAUCGCAGUAAUCCUCACACCCACAGACCCGCUACUAAUGCGCCAUGCGGCAACAAUGCUGAUAACUCGAAACUGAAGAGGAGCCGCGCUCUCGUGCGACGCUGCGAUUCCGCGUCGGCUGCGGAAGUGUCACCCGUGGUCGCCGGCGUCGUAGAGCCUGGGGCCGCGCCGCCGUCCCUCGGCACUGCCGGCAGAAGCAGGACGGACGCCGAAGCGCCUCGAGUCGUGACGUUCUCUCAGAUCUCCCCGCCGCCGUCCCUCGGUACAACCGUUGCCGCCGGCGCCGGCAGGAGCAGGACGACGGCUCGGUCGCACAACCGGACGCGCUCCGUCAGCUGCAUUCAGACCAGCGGGCUCGAGUUCCACUUCCCCUUGUCUCUCGCGCAAGGCGCGCAAGUCGGUGCGCAGGGCGGAGCGCAAGGGCGCGCGAAGGAGGUGGCUACCUCUCCGCCAACUGGCUAUGCGCUCUCCGCCGCGGGGAAGGUUGUCGCCGCAAACGACGGGAAGGUGAAGCUCACCCGCGCUCUCACUGAGCGUACGAGCGGCGCGAGUGGUUCGAGUGGCGGAAGUGGCGCGGGAAGUGCCGCGGGGAGUGGCGCGGCGGGGUCGCGGCGGGAGUUCACUCGCAGCCGAACCGCCUCAGAGCGAGUGGGUGACUUCGACACCUCGCUCUCCCCGCGAGGAACCGCCCGCAGCCGCAGUCACAGCCCGAUAAGCUUCGCGGCUUCCCCCGAAGCGCAGCGCCCUCCACCGCUCGCCGCCCGCUCGAAACCGGAUUCUGCGGUGGCGCCGCCAGCGCCCUCCGCAACGCGCCGCUUCCCAGAUCUGUACCCAGUUUGUGGUGCUGCCGUUGGUAGCCCGCGCGACCCGGGCGACGAGAGCGAAUCGGAGUCCUCAGUUGUUGACUUAUACCCGAGCCGAGGCGCUGCCUUUCCGCGAUUUGCCACCAUCGGCAACGUUCCAAGCGCGGACGGUGACGGUGACGGUAACGGUAACGCUAAUGCUAACGUUAGCAAGAAUCUGCAUCCGAUGUUAUCCCGUCGCUCCUGCUCUGUGGGCUCUCAGUCAUCCGCCGCAUUGGCCGCUAGCAUGGGUCUCGCUCGCGGGGGAGCGGUGUCCGGCGCAGAUGGUGGCGGAAGCGGCGGGAGCGGCGGAAUGCGUACUCGUUCUUCCUCACUUGCUGGUAACAGCAGUCCGUCUGUCGUGCAGCUCGCGCCGCGGAUGGGCUUCGUGGAUUGGGCAGGAAUCGGCAGCCCGAAAACCGGCGGAACGGUAGGCGGUAGCAGCUUUGGCGCCAGUAGCGGCGGCGCAAGCGGCGCGAGCAAGCUGAGGCUACAACCGUUGGACGGCAGCAAGUCGCCUUCUUCCGCCAGUCCUUCUCCGCGCUUCCCCGCAGCCAUUCCCUCCCCUUCCGCCGCCUCUCCGCUACCCGCUGGACCUAUGCCUGGCUCGCGGAAUUUUCCCCCUAGCGCUUACCCAUAUUCUGCUGGUGCGCCCCCGCUCUCCCCGCUUGGCCGCGGCGGCACUGCCGUAGUUCCCCGCCCCACCCACCGCCGCGCCAUUAGCGCCGCGCAGUUGUCCCCGCGUGUGCCCUCCCCAUCCGCGCGCCUAGUGCGCCCGCCGAGCUCCCCUUCUGUCGCGGGAAAGGCGUCAGGCGCUGCAGCGCCCGCUAACGCCGCUGCCACGGGGGGGGGCAAUCGCUCCGCGCCCGUGCCCGCAGUCGCACGUUCUUCUCCCCGUGCGCGCAUCGUGCAAUCAGCGACGGCGGCUGCUUCCGCGGCACGCGAAGUUACGGCGGAUGGCGGCGCAGAUGCGGAGGGUACCGGCGGAAUUGCGAAUCGCAGGGGGAAGCCAACGCCGGUGCUGAUGCCAGUGCCGCGGAGCAUGAGCGCAGAACCCGCACUUGCGCAUCCGAUGGCACUUGAGGGGCAGGCGGCGCAGGCAAAGCAUGUGGGGCAGCAGCAGCAGCAGCAGCAGCAGCAGGAGAUGCAGCAUUCGCACGGCAGCAGUCGCGAGCAUGUGGGGAACUACCGCCGCGCGGCCCCCGCGCCUCUCGCGGUGCCUAUGCGGCGCCGCAACCACAGCAUGUCUAGCGUGACUCAGGGCGACGCAGCUUCAAAUUCUGCGCGCGCUGGAUUAGCUGCGGCGAAUGGCGGCGUGCGCAUCGGAAGCGCAAGGGGACAUGGUUCUCCAGGCGCAGGCGCAUGGCCCGCGCGCAGCCCUGUGGGGACGGCUGGGGGAAGGUUGGAGGGAACUAGUGGCGAAGUCUCUCUCACAGCAGCAGCAGCAGCAGCAGCAGCAGCAGCAGCAGCAGCAGAGGAAGCAGGCGGCGAGCAGGAGAACCUACAGCGGCGAGGGGGAGGAGAGGGUGGCGGAGGGAAGGAGGGGAGAGAGGGGAAGGAAGGGAAGGAGGGGAAGGGAGGGAGGGUGCUGCAUCCCCAGGCGCAGAAUAGUCCGAGGAGGGUGAGCUUCAGUGGGUAUGUGGAGGUGCAGGAGUAUGUGAGGGAUAGUGAGGGGAGGGGGAGAGCGAGAGGGCGGUAG